AUGACCACUGAACUAUCCAUGACCACUGAACUAUCCAUAACCACUGGACUACACAACACCCCCUAUAUCACUGAUAUAACGACAAAGCUACCAUCACAAACAACUUUUACUACUAUGGGUCCUCCGAAAUAUAUUCCUGUAUCGCAAUCUCGGCUUCCAACUGUUGCGGAGCCGAUCGACUAUAAUUUAACGAUGAAAGUAUUCUUGCCUGGUUAUGGUUACGUUGCUGAUGAAAGAAAUGAAACAUUCGAAGGGGAAAUCGAUAUUCGAAUGAAAAUCUUGAAGGAAGUCAACCAAUUGAAGUUGAACGCAUUAGAUCUGACUUUCACUAAUUCGAAAUGCGCUCUAACAACGAUGGGAAAAGCAAUUGCAAUUGAUUCAAUAAUUGUGAAUUCUACGUUAGAAAUGAUUGAAAUCAAUCUCAAAAAUAGUUUAAACGAAGGAACUGAAGCAGUUCUAAAGCUGGUUUUUGAAGGACACCUUUCAUACAAAAAAAAGGGAUUCUUUUUCGAUAAAUAUACGGAUUCAGCCGGAAAGGAAAAAUAUAACGCUGUUACACAAUUCGAACCGAGCUAUGCAAGAAGAAUGGUCCCUUGUUUCGAUGAGCCCGCGUUCAAAGCAAAUUGGACAGUUACCGUGAUUCACCCCAAAGGAACUGUAGCAUUGUCAAACGGAAUUGAAGACAAGACAACAAAAAUUGAUAAGAAUUUCUUGAGGACAAAUUUCAAAACGACCCCUAAAAUGUCGACGUACUUGUUGGCAAUUUUCAUUUCGGAUUUUAAAUUUGUCGAAGGAAAAACAAAUAGAGGAAUUGUUUUUCGUGUUUGGGCCCGAGGAGAAAAGAUAAAGGAAGCAGAAUACGCGUUAAAAAGCGGUAUCAAGUGCCUGGAAGCUUACGAGAACUACUUUAAAAUCCCGUACGCACUACCGAAACUAGAUUUGGUAGCGUCAGUAAAUUUCAAUUCUGGAGCCAUGGAACAUUGGGGUUUAAAUAUUUACAAAGAAGAAACUUUAUUGUAUCAUCCAGAUGUUCAUCAAUUAACAAGAAAAUCUGAAGUGGCGACUAUCGUCGCCCAUGAGCUUGCUCAUCAAUGGUUCGGAAACUUGGUGACUUUGAAAUGGUGGGAGUACGUGUGGUUGAAUGAAGGAUUUGCCACUACUGGCAUUGCUCAUCCUCUUACAUUCAAAUACGAUGAUCCGAGCUAUGCAGCGACUUCAUUCGGAGCAAUUUCGUAUAGAAAGGUAUAA